CACAAAUGCGCAAUUGGCGUAAUUUUCCGUUUACUUACUUCCUCUUUCUGGUUUUGUUUCUUUGUGGAAACAUAAUAACAUAACAUAAUAGCAAAAAGGCCAUCCAUCCUCGUUCUUAUUCGUAUUCGCAGACUUUCACUUGUUCUCUUCCCUUCGCAUCGCAUCGUAUCGUAUCAAAUCAAAUGGCAUCGUCAUCGCCUUCUUCCCCUUCUUCCCCUUCUGUCCCUACCGACCAACACACCGAUCAGCAGGACCAACAACAGCCGCCGCCGCCUCCGCCGCACCCUCAGCCGCAGCAGGAGCAAGUGAAAGAGUGCACACACAGAACAAAGACGAUCCAGUUUCUUGGACGCACAACGCCAAUCAUCCUCCAAAAUGACAAUGGCCCCUGCCCUCUCCUCGCUAUCUGUAAUGUUCUUCUGCUAAGAAACAACAUAAAUUUGAGUCCAGAUAUUUCUGAAGUCUCACAGGAGAAAUUGUUGUCAUUGGUUGCAGAGCGAUUAAUUGAUUCCAAUAGUAAUGUGAAUAACAAAGAUGCAGGGUAUGUCGAAAACCAACAACAAAACAUCGCUGAUGCAAUUGAUUUGCUCCCUAGGCUUGCUACGGGCAUUGAUGUGAAUAUAAAAUUUAGGAGAAUAGAUGAUUUUGAGUUCACCCCAGAGUGUGCCAUAUUUGAUCUGCUGGACAUCCCUCUGUAUCAUGGCUGGAUAGUUGAUCCUCAGGAUUCUGAUACUGCAAAUGCAAUAGGAUUGAAAUCCUAUAAUGCUCUUAUGGGAGAACUUGUUUCUCUUGAAACAUUAAACAUGGAAGUUCAACAUAAAACUAAUCCAGAAGAAGAUGGUGUCGAUUUUGUUGCUGCAACAACCGCUGCUCUUGGAGUUCCUUCUCCCAGUUUAUCAAAAACCAGAUCUUUUGACGAUCCUCCCAAUUCUGUUUCUGAUCAGUUACCAAGAAAAGGCGACAUUGAAGAAGAGGCAGAAUUGUUAAGAGCUUUGAAGCUGUCUGAGGCUGAUUCUAAAGUUUCAACAAGCGAUCCUGUUGUAGGUCAUAUAAAUGAAGAACCAAUUUCUGUCAGUAUGGAUGAGAAUAUAGUUGUGGAUUGCGGAGAUAAGUUAGAAAAGAGCACUGGUGCUGUAAACAGCAACUUCCAUGAGCUAGAACCUUCCAUAUCUGAUGGUUUCUCUGCUGCUGGCAAGGACAGAAAUGAACAAACAUCUUCUAUGUCAACUCAGGUAGAAACAGCUAACUCAUCUUUAAAGCCAGAUACCAUUAAUGAACUUCAUCAGUCAGCUUCAGUGGGACCUACAGAGUCUUUUGCCCAGAUUGAUGCGAUUGAGAAGAACGGUGUUGAUGUGUUGGUUCAAAAUGAGAAUGCAGCUGUUAUUUCUUCUGAAAAGUACUCCGGAGGGGGUGUAGAAGUUCAUGACGAAUCCAUUUUUAAGACUAUGGGUCCUGAAGUUGCAGGUGAAUCUCAAGAACCUGAUGCAACAGGAUUAUCAUAUGUAUCCUCUAACCAUAUGGAUACAGAUUCGUCUAGUGUCAGAUAUAAUCAAACUGAUGCUUCUGAAGUACUGACUUCAAGUGUUGAUGGGAGUGAACCCAUAUAUGAAGGAGAGGAAUGUGUAUUGGAUACAAGAACUGGGAAUUUUGAAGAUCAUGAACCUGUAUAUGAAGGUGAGGUGGUUCUUGCGGAACAGGCUGACAAAAGCACGUUGCUUGCGCCUGAUGUAAGAGCUAAGGAUGAAAUUACUCCACAACAAGGAGAACUGAUCAAGAGUUUCAUGAGGAAUACUGCCAGCCAAUUGACAUUUUAUGGCCUUUUCUGUUUACAAGAUGGUCUCAAAGAACGGGAAUUAUGUGUUUUUUUCCGAAACAAUCAUUUCAGCACCAUGUUUAAGUUUGAAGGUGAGCUGUAUCUUCUAGCUACAGACCAAGGUUACAUAAAUCAACCUGAUCUGGUGUGGGAAAAAUUGAAUGAGGUCAAUGGUGAUACCAUAUUUAUGACCAGCAACUUUAAGGAAUUCAAGGUAGAAAGCCAUGAAAAUAACACUUGGGAUGAGAGUAAUGUCAUGACCAGCACUGCUGACUAUCUUGCCAGUAUAGAUAGUGCUGCACAGGCGGGCUUAGAUAUCAAUUCUGAUCUGCAAUUAGCAAUAGCCUUGCAACAACAGGAGUUUGAGCAGCAGCCUCCACGUCAUAAUACUCAACAAUCAUCAGUCACUGGUGGCUCCAGACUGAUUACAGGUCCACAGGUGGCAAGAAACACGGGGAGGCAUUCAUCGUCUUCUGGAUCUACAACACCCAGAGCAGAUGGAAAAGCCAAAGAUAAAUGUACAGUGAUGUGAAUUACAUAAGCAGGAGUUAAUUUUUUGAAGAUUUCACUUUGAAAUGCGUGCCCUUGAUUCCAUGUAUCUCAUUACAACAACUUUAUGCCUGGUGUCAUGUAUGUGAUAUUAGGUUAUGUUUCUAAUGUAAAUAUUGGUAGUAUAUAGUGUUUACGACCACAGAGGUAGGUCUUGUCUUGUGUAUCUUGGAAUCCCAACCCUUAACCUCCCUCCACGCUCUAUAUUAGUUUCUCUACUCUAACCAUCCCAACCAAAGUUGCGGUCCCCAUUUUAUGCUGAUUGAUUUUGCAGCGCAGCUCAGAGGCUGAGUAGGGAGGAAAAGCCUAGCCCAGCUAAUUCUCUUUUUGCCUUUUUAACUUUUAACCUUGUUCUCUCCCUCCUUCGCUAAUAAUUCAUGUAAAGCUACAGAAUUUGAUAUAGAUUUUGUUGUCGGCUUGAUGGUUAGAUAUCCAUGUUGGAUGCGGUGGACUUUGGUACAAAAUUUCCUAGGGAACAAAAGAUAGAUAAAAUUUUUUCUGUUAAGUGAUUUUUUUAUA